CUUCUCCCUCUCAUACUAUCAUGCAUGCCUUCUCUCUUCCCGCAACUGCAACCGUCCAUCCAUGCCCAAAGAAAUGGACGCUUUCAAGCACGCUUACCUCGCAAAAUGCUCAGAACUCGCUAUAGACCCUCACCGCGCGCUCACCGACCUCCUCCUCAGCAACCGCCCGCUCGCUCCUGCCUCAGAUAGGGUUACUACUACAGCAAAAACUAUCGACCUCCGCGGACAGUCGCUGACCCUCAAGGAAUGCGCCGCUCUUUCCACCGCCUUGUCCCACGAUGUCUACUUUUCCCGUGUCAUCCUAGCGGACACAUUUCUGAACGACGAAGGCUGCAUCCUGAUUGCCGGCGGACUAAAGACAAACCACAGCGUCACGCAUCUGGACGUGCGGGGAAACAGCAUCCGCGCAGAUGGUGCGCUGGCUCUGGCUCAGAUGCUCAAGGUCAACGGAUCCCUGAAGAGCCUAGUCAUGGAAUGGAACUGCAUAGGCAUCUGGCAAGCCGGCAUCCGCUCCCUCGCCGACGCGCUAGCCGUCAACCAGACCCUGGAAGACCUCGACCUGCGUAACAACAGCAUCGGGCCCGAUGGCGCACAGACGCUGGCUGUGGGGUUGCGGAAUAACCAGUGUUUGAGGCGGUUAGAUCUCCGCUGGAAUCAUAUCGGCUUAUUGGGGAGCAAAGCCAUCGCCGACCUGCUAAAAUGGAACACAACAUUGGAAGAGAUCCAGCUGAACGGGAACGAGGUGCCUGAGGAGAUGGCCAAAGUCAUAGCCGUAGCCCUCGACCGCAACGCCUCCGCCCGCAAACACACCCUCCUCCACCUCGCGCACGCCUCCGACCUCGCCCAAACCGUCUCCCUCCUCGACGCCAACCACCGGGACGUUCUCACCGACCUGCGCUCCGAUCUCCUCGCCAAGCAAAAACAGCUAGACGCCGCUUGUAGGAAUGCCGCAAAGUCGAGCGAGGCGUACAGGGUGCUUGAGGGACGACUCAGGAGGAUGGAGCGGGAGGCGAGGGAGGUUGGCGACGGGGUUGGGAGGGAACGGGAGGAGUUGAGGAGGAGGUUGGAGGAGGUUGCGAGGGAACUUGGGGCGGAGCGUGAGGCCCACCAUCAGACAUCGCUCCUCCUCUCCAAAUCGCAAUCCGACACCAAACGCACCCAACUUGAACUCGACUCGGUGCGCUGCGACGCCGACGCGCGGAUCGAAGGCCUAAAGCAGGAUCUGAAACGUGUAGUGGAGGAGCUGGAGAGGGCGAGGGAGAAGGGGCGGACUCGGGAGGUUUUGUGGGAUGAACAAGCUAAACGCACACAUGCGGAACACGAGGAAGCCAUCCGGGCCGCGGUAGCAGCGACCGAAUCCGAGUGGCGGGGGCGUGUGCAGAAGCUGGAGGAGAAGUUACGCAGGGUUGAGAGUAGUCAUACCACCCUUGAGGAGGAUCUCCAAACCCUCAAAAGCAAGCACACGCUCGAAAACCGGCAGUGGGCGGAUAAACUCUCCGCAGCAGAAACCCAAGCCCGACGAGACGCCGCCGCGCACCAAACCUCCCUCGAGAAAACCAUCACAACCCUGCAAACCCAACUCGCAACCCUCCAAGCAACCCACGACGCCCUGCUCCCCACCCACGCCCGUCUCACCGCCGCGCGGGACGCCCUCGCCGCCCAACUCGCCGCGCAGACCACCGAGAUCACGUCCCUGCGCGCCCAACUGAGCGACGCAACCACCCACCUAACCUCCGCGCAGUCCGCGUCCACCCAAACCGAAGCGCGGCUCGCCUCCCUCACGGCCGAGCUCGCCACAGCGCGCAGUCAGCUAACGCAACGCGACGCGGAGACCGCCCGACUCCGCGCCGAGAUCCAUCGCACGACCAGCGAGGUGGGGAGGCUGGAGGCUGAGGUCGGGCGGUGGAAACGCGAGGCGAGGGAGAGGGAGGAGGAGGGCGUGAAGGCGGUGGAGGAGAUUGUGGUGCUGGUGAGCGAGAGGGCGAGGAGGAGGAGGGGGGACGUGCGGUGAUGUGGGUUAGUGCGCUGGGGGGAUUGGGUGAUGCGGAGGGUGCGGGCCCCACCCCGUCCAUUGGGGUCAGCUGGGAUUGGGAUCCGCCCGGUUCGGGGGUGCAUGUACUGAUGGGAAAGCUGGGGAUGCUUCAUGCCCAUGGUUUCGGGUUUGGUUGUAUGUCGCCAAUAACCAAAAAACCGCCCGCCCCCCUCCCCCCCCCCCCCCCCCCCCCCCCCC